GCAUAUCACAGAGGCUGCAGUUUGAUUUGCGGGCCUCCGGGCGAAGGGGGGCAACCGGAACCGAGGGUGCCCAUAUGCAGUAUAAAAGCUGCCGCCGAGGGUCCGUCGUCCUUUUUCUGUUACCUGGCUAGGGGCAGCAGCUUUGGCCGCGACAACCCAGAAACACCGAAAACCUAACAAUGCCUAAGGAAAAGACCCACAUCAACAUCGUGGUCAUUGGCCAUGUCGACUCCGGAAAGUCUACAUCCACCGGUCACUUGAUCUACAAGUGCGGUGGCAUCGACAAGAGAACCAUCGAGAAGUUCGAGAAGGAAGCAGCUGAGAUGGGCAAGGGCUCCUUCAAGUACGCCUGGGUGCUGGACAAACUGAAGGCGGAGCGUGAGCGCGGUAUCACCAUUGACAUUGCUCUGUGGAAGUUUGAGACCAGCAAGUACUACGUGACCAUCAUUGACGCGCCUGGACACAGGGACUUCAUCAAGAACAUGAUCACUGGCACCUCUCAGGCUGACUGCGCUGUGCUGAUCGUCGCCGCCGGUGUCGGUGAGUUUGAGGCCGGCAUCUCCAAGAACGGACAGACCCGUGAGCACGCCCUGCUGGCCUUCACCCUCGGCGUGAAGCAGCUCAUUGUUGGCGUCAACAAGAUGGACUCCACUGAGCCCCCCUACAGCCAGAAGCGUUUUGAGGAAAUCACCAAGGAAGUCAGCACCUACAUCAAGAAGAUCGGAUACAACCCUGCGACUGUUGCCUUCGUCCCCAUCUCUGGGUGGCAUGGAGACAACAUGCUGGAGACCAGUGAUAAGAUGAGCUGGUUCAAGGGCUGGAAGAUUGAGCGUAAGGAGGGUAACGCCAGCGGAACCACCCUGUUGGAGGCCCUGGAUGCCAUCCUUCCUCCUUCACGUCCCACUGACAAGCCCCUUCGUCUGCCCCUGCAAGAUGUCUACAAAAUUGGAGGUAUCGGAACGGUCCCCGUCGGCCGUGUGGAGACUGGUGUGCUGAAGCCCGGCAUGGUGGUCACCUUCGCUCCCCCUGCACUGACCACUGAGGUCAAGUCCGUGGAGAUGCACCAUGAGUCUCUGGCCGAGGCUGUCCCUGGCGACAAUGUGGGCUUCAACGUGAAGAACGUGUCCGUCAAGGAGAUCCGUCGUGGUUACGUCGCUGGUGACAGCAAGAACGACCCACCCAAGGGUGCUGAUAACUUCAACGCUCAGGUUAUCAUCCUGAACCACCCUGGCCAGAUCAACGAAGGCUACGCCCCCGUGCUGGACUGCCACACAGCUCACAUUGCCUGCAAGUUCAAGGAGCUCAUCGAGAAGAUCGACCGCCGUUCUGGCAAGAAGCUUGAGGACAACCCCAAGUUUGUCAAGUCUGGUGACGCUGCCAUCGUCAAAAUGAUUCCCACGAAGCCCAUGGUGGUGGAGCCCUUCUCUAGUUACCCUCCCCUUGGUCGUUUUGCCGUGCGUGACAUGAGACAGACGGUGGCUGUUGGUGUCAUCAAGGCUGUGGAGACCAAGGAAGUGAGCGGAAAGACCACCAAGGCUGCAGAGAAGGCCCAGAAGAAGAAAUGAAUGGUUGUGCAGGACAUCCAGCAAGGAGAUGUGUGCUGGCAGCAGCGGGCCACCCAUUCUUCCCCCAUCUCCUUCUCUUCCCACCCCGGAUCAUCUCUCAAGCAGAGUUCACUGCUCAAGGACUGGCUUAUGCUGAUUAAAACUCAUC